AUGUCACGUGGGCACUUCAAGCUGACUCUCCCCAUCGAUGUGCUAGUAUUUGCAAAUCCAGAGGAACCAUUGGGAAAGCUACAGGAUCAGUUUAUGGAAGCAGUCACCAAACAGUUGUCUGCAAUGGACGAAUGCAUUCAACGAUACACAAAAGGAAAGACUGUUCCACAGCCGCAAGCAUUCCACUUUGAUUUGCCGGAGCAAACAACCCUUACUACAGUAAUAUUCCCCGCUGGAGUCAGUGAUGAUACUCUGGAACUGCAACGGAAAGAAUUACACGCUAAAUUUGGCCUAGAAAAUAAACCCUUCUUCCGCCGUCAAAUGGCUUUUAGUUUUCCAGCUGAUCAGGUGGAAUCUAAGUACUACAAAGAUAUACAUAAGUAUAUUUCUGCUCCCGAUCCCAAUGAGUUCAAGGUUUCUGUUAUACAUGGAUCCUACACCUUUCAUCACUGCUUGCAAGACAAUGAAAAAGACAGAGAUUGGGGUGCUCCAUACCGUUGUUUGCAAAUCAUCAUCUCCUGGUUCUACUUACAGGGUUACAUUGACACACCAGUGCCACUGAUUUCAGAGAUGAAAGAAAUCUUAAUAAAAAUUGAUGAAGAUUACAUCAAAGUUGUAACAGAAGAUGCAUGGCUUAAAUCUGAGGAGAUGACAGCACUAUUAAAUUAUUUUAAUAUUUCAUGUACCACCACAGACAUCCGGGUAAGUGCUGAGAAAGUAAUAGAUCUUACUCCUCAUUUCAAAGAAGAAGGAACUCCGGUUGUGAUUUGGAAGACAGUUUCUGAAAGUAAAGCAUUUGUUUUGCUGGGGAUGGCAUUGAAUGAGGAAACACGCACUAACAAAGUCCUUGUCUUAGACACAAUGUACACAGGACUGGAUGACUUUAACUGGAUAAUUGAUAAGGCUGUCGAGUGGAGAGGAGAAGAAUUCUGGAACGAGAUGGAGAUUUUUGCUUUGAUUUUGCCUUUGCGACCAAGGGGUAUUUAA